AAACCUAAACCAAGAUGUCGAAUAUGGCGCUAUAGCAGUUGAUUUAAUAUAGAAAUUCUAUAUUUCAGUCUGUGAAAUUUUGAAAAGAACAUGGUGUAUAAAUUCCGGAACCGUUUUUUGUGAUAAAGAAGCAGUGAAGUGUGUUUUGUCGAGGCGACGCCAACUAUGAAUAUUACAAUAGUUCGGAAAUUACCACGUUUUCAAUUCCAAAACGUUCCCUAAUGCAAAAUAUCUCGGAAAUUGUGAUAAAAUUGAAUAAUAUUUGCUGUAAAUCUCAAGUGCAACUGCAGUGAUUGUUCAACGUGGCAAAAUAGCUGUUCGUCUUCACUUGGUUUAAUUUCCAUAUGAUUCUUAACAUCUCUGUUUGACUACUAAAUAAUAUUUGAAAUUGAAAUGUGUAUAGAUAGCUAAACAUAAAACCGAAGGAAAUCAUUCACUUCUCCGAUCUUUCAAGGCAUACAUUGGAAAAUACCGAGAAAAAUACCUAAAUGGAACGAUGAACGGUUAAUAAUCAGUUUAUAAUGUGGUUGAUCAAAGUGUAGUUGAGUUUCUUCUAAUUAUUAUACCUACAUUGUGCUUAAAUGUGUAUGCUAUGGAAAUUCAUUCCAUGAGGAUUGAUCAUGGGCCAGUUCAGACUAAUACAAUGUCAUACCCUCAGAGACAAACUCAAAAUCACAGAUCCAACCACAACCAGCCAUCGCAUGCGGCGCCCGCCGAUCUAUACAAGCCGUCCAGGUCGCCCCUAUCCACCGCCCGUUACCCCUACCCGUCAUCGCCGCAGCUGCAGCAAGCGGCGGCGGCGGCGGCUCCGCAGCCCGGGAGCGCCGUCAACCAGGUAUGCCAGAGGUAUUCGCAGCAACCCGCCGCGGUGCCGGUGGCGGCGGCCGCGGCUGUAUCCGCCGCCGCCCACCACCACCAGCAGCCGCCCCAACCGCAGCCGCCCGCUCCCGCCCUGCUGGCCACGCGCUGCGGCGGCGACUACCAGACCUACGGCGGUGGCGGCAACAGGCAGAACCGCAUCUCGCUGCUGCACAGCGAGUACGGGCCGGGCGGCAGGGGCAUGCGCGACCACGCCCACUCCAACUCUAGCAUGCAUCAGGCGGGGAUGGGGUGUGUCGAGGGGGGCGGGCCGGGCGGGUACUCGGGCGGGCAGCAGCCGCUGAAGAAGAUCCGGUUGCAGGACAAGGAGGGCGUGCAGCCGCUCAGGAUCGAUACACGGGAACAGCCGGGCGCGUACAACCCGCAGGUCGAGGCCAUCUCGCCGACGUUGCCGGAUCAGUCGACGCACGACGAUCGCGCCUUCCGCAUCACCAAGGACGAGCUGAUCCAGCAGAUCGGCAAGGUGGACCGGGAGAUCGCGAAGGCCGAGUCGCAGAUCGGCAUACUGAAGAAGAAGCAGGCCGAGCUGGAAGAGAUCGCCAACAAGCCGGCGGUGAAGGGGGAGGUGGAAGAGGUGAUGGCGCCGAAGCACCAGAGUUUGCCGCAGCAAAUCUAUGCGGAGAAUCGCAAAAGGGCCCAGACCGCCCACGCCCAGCUCGAAUCGCUAGGCCCGAAGGUCGAAUGGCCCUUGUACAAUCAGCCCAGCGAUGCGUCUGCCUACCAGGAGAACAAGCGGAAGAACAUGGCGUUCAAGCGGCGGCUGCUGGAGUACUUCAAGCAGAAGCACGCGGAGAAGGAGUCGAGGAACAGCUACGUCACGGAGACUUAUAGUAAGAUGAUGCAGGAGUGGCUGCGGAAGGUAGACAAGAUCGAAUCGAGUACAAAGAGGAAGGCAAAGGACGCGAAGAAUAGGGAGUUCUUUGAGAAGGUGUUCCCCGAGUUGAGGAAGCAGAGGGAGGAUAAGGAGAGAAAUCACCUUGUUUCCAGAUUCAACCGUGUGGGGGCGCGCGUCAAGUCCGAAGCGGACAUGGAAGAGAUCAUGGACAACUUGCAGGAGCAGGCCAUGGAGGACAAGAAGAUGCGCAGCUACGCCGUGAUACCGCCGAUGAUGCACGACAGAAAGUCGAAGAGGAUCAAGUACGACAACUCGAACGGGUUCAUCGAGGACAUGGAGCCGGUGUAUAAGAGUAGACAGUUUUCGAAUGUGUGGACUGCUAGUGAAAAAGAGAUAUUCAAAGACAAGUACCUGCAACACCCGAAGAACUUCGGUCUGAUAGCGGCGUCGUUGGAGAAGAAAUCAGUGUCCGAUUGUGUACAGUACUAUUAUUUGAGUAAAAAGACGGAGAAUUAUAAACAGUUGUUUAGGAAGGCGAGGCAGCGGACGAGAAGUUCGAGGAAUAACCCGCAGAAAGUUAAUAAUAGCGCCACUACGUCUGUGGUCGAUAUUUUAACUUCUGGCGUGACGACCCGACUGCGACGCGAACAGCAAGCCAGGACGGUAGUGCAAGGGGUCACCGCCGACCUCGCCCAGCCCCUUUCAGAAUCGAACGCCUCCUCCGCCACCACGCCCCCAGCAGCGCCGACCACGCCCAUCCCAAUCUGCCCACCUCCCGACACGCCCCCGAACCCGAACGCUCCGCCCCCUACGGCAACGCCUACUCUCUGCGCGACCAAUCCGGAGUCGAGCCCUAGCAGCGGGGCGGCUGCUGGCACCGGCACUUCUGUGAUAUCCUCCACCUCCAUGGUGGUGUGCGCCUCCGUCGUGGUGACGCAGGUGGAGGAGAAGGGGAACGCUUCGCCCUCGGAGGAGGGGAAACCGUCCAAGAUUUUUUUGGGGUUCGGGGAGGCGGCGGCGCCGGAAGCCGCCGAUGUCGGGAAGGGCGGGUACUGUGGGGACGAGGGAAGCGGGAGGGAAGGAGGGGGUGGGGCUGAUUUGGAGGGGGAGAAGCAGGAGGGCGCGGCGGACGGGGUUGAAGUGAAGAAGGAGGCGGAGUCGUGUCAAGAGAUGUUCAGUGAUCAGAACAUGACAAGUGGUGCACCAUUGAAUGAAAAUAAGAAGAAAAAAGAGAGAAGAAAAGAAAAAGAGGCCAACAUCGAAUCUAGUGAUGAAGAACCCAACAAUGCACAAGACAAGACAGUCCAAGGAAACUGCAUCAUAUGUCAAGCACAACUCGGCCCUCACCUUCAUUCCAGACCUCUAGGACCGAGCCAGGGCUCCCUUUAUGGCCUGCGCGAAGACCAGAUACCACCCAACUCGAGAGUUUGCAACACUUGCAGAUGCAAAUCGGUUCGGUCGCGCUACACGAAUUGCCCCCUUCCGACCUGCCCCAAUUCGCGGGGCAGGGUGAAAAGGUUGAGGUCUUUUCCGUACAGGCUGCAAGACCUACCGACCGAGGUCAGAGAGCCGCUGCUUGCGGAAUUCCGUAUCCCGAACGGCGUGACGAAAUGUUGUUCCGCCUGCUACAACAGAAUCCAACGCAGACUUGGGCCAGUCGAGGAUUGGCCCGAAGAGGAGGUCAACAAACUGAAAGCUGCUCUGAGCGAGAUCGGUUCCAACUGGCAGCUAUUGGGCGAGAGGUUAAACAAGCCACCUCAGAAAGUUAAAAUGUACUGCACGGCUAAUCGCAAGAAACUGAAGGGAUGCUUGGAAGACGACCGCAAACCUACGCUGUCGACAGACGAGGAGAGUGGCUCCAGCACCUCUAGCUGCGAGGAGUCUAUGAUAGAUGGGGACCGACAUUCUAGCGAUACAGCUAGCGCAGCAGAAAGUCCACCAGUUCAAGGAUCUGCCGAUAAUGCGGCUAAGCGAGUCGACUACGAUUCGAGCGCUACAGAAACCGCGGACGAAGCCCAAACGCCGGACCAUUACCAAGGAUCGGCUACCAUAACACCUGUCAUGAAUGACGGUCAACCGAGGCAAAAUACGUCGCCGCUCAGCGUCAAGGAUCUCGUAUUGAAUGUGAUAGAGUUUUCGCUGAUGAAGAAUGCUGGCGCGCAGCAGCCACUGCAGAACCCACCGGCGAGCGGCAUGACACCGACGAUAUCCUCUAUAUUGAACAACGACUCCAACGAGGUGACGAUAGUAAGCGAGUAUAAUCUCAAUAACGUGAAUAACCAACAGAGACAGCCACCGCCCCAACGCGCCGAUAUCAAUUUAGCCAAACUAGUCACGCCGCUUAUCGGAGCAACUAUUACGCCCGUUUCUGGACCGAUUCAGACCCAGCCUCAGCCGGAUCCUGUGCCUUCGUCUCGAGACGAUCUGAUCGUACUGCAAGUGCCAGAUGGCAGAGAACCGGAAACUCUAGAUCUCAGUUUGAAGAAACCGAGGGAAUUGCCACCACCGGCUCACAGCAAACACCAACCGCAACAGCAGCAACAGCAGGCUCAGAUGCAUCGUUCCGAUCCCUACAUGUACCACCAAGAGAGAAAGAGUCCGGCUUUUCCUAUCAGAUCGCAGCCCAAGUUGCCCAGUCCCAAACCAGCCAAUCCGAAAUCAGGCUCGAUCACUUUGGGAACACCGAUAAUGCCACAGACCAGAUACGAAGUUUUGAGGCAAAUGCCAGAGGCUAAGAUGGGAUCUAUCACGCAAGGAACGCCUGUCGUUCCUCACAAUAUGCAAGAUAAACGAAUGUACGAGUUUUACGCAAAGAGAAGCCCCAUACCUAAUCAGCCGAACCAAGGUCAGCCUUUGCAGUAUCCAGGACAGUACAACAGGCAACCAGCUUACACUGUAGAACAGCAGUUGAGCUCUAGACAGAUUAUAAUCAACGACUACAUUACGUCGCAGCAAAUGCUCGGCCGAAGGAACGAGAAGCCUCAGUAUUAUCCCACCGGCUCUCCGCACUGUACUCCUCCUCCACCCCCACAGUCUGGACAGCAACAGAGACAGGGAGUUAUCCAAAGACACUCUAGGCCCCAAUAUCUCCAGCCUGGGCACGAAGCUCUCUCUUCUUUGGUCGAUGUCGCCGUACAGCAGCCGUCUUUGCCGGUCCCAAGUACCCCUCACGAAGGCCUCGGCAAAACGAUGGCUGACAAUAUGUUGGAGCAACCUCACAGGUAUCAAAUCAUCCAGCAACAGCAGCAGAUGCGGCAGCAGCACCAACGGCUCGAACGGAUCGAGGAGCAAAGGAGGGCUGCUUUCCACCAGCAGCAGCAACAACAACAACAGCAGCAGCAGCAGCAACAACAGCAAACCCAGCAGGCUCAGCAACAACAGCAGUCCAGGCAGCAGCAACAGCAGCAGCCUCGUCCUGACAAUAGUACUUUAACUGCUGCGAGCUUGAUAGACGCUAUAAUAACCCAUCAGAUAAAUCAAACUGCUGAAGGUGGCAGAGAGGUGGUGACAAACAGUAGAGAGCAGAGGGCUGGUGAUUUGCUUUUCCAAAAGUUUCACAGAGGAGAGCCGCCGCCGCAACAGAGCCAGGAUAACGGUGAACGUCCGCCUUCCGUCAUAAGUGUCGACCUAGAUGGGGAAUCGGUCAACAAAAAUCUCACAGUGAAAGAACUGACAGACUCUGUCAUCAGUCAUGAUUUCGGCGCGAGGCAGAGCAACUACUAUCAUCUGCAAGAAAACAUGAACGAGCAAUGGAAGAGGAGGAUCCAGCAGCAACAUAACGAAGAGAAGCGCUCUCAGACUCCCUAUCAAGACGAGAGGCAGAUCAUUCGGAUAGCUCAACCCUCGCAGAAAUACCACCUCGAACGACUGGAACCGGUGUCGCCACCGGAAAACAACCAUUGGUCUGAACAGAACUUCAGGCGGUAUCCACAAAGUCAGCCGCAUAUUUCUCCCUUGGACUAUGUGAAGAACAGGAUAGUCGAAGUGAUGAGAACCGAAGACGAUAAAAAAGAGGCUCAGGACUCGCAUCCUCUGGAUAAAGACCGUGAUAGCCCGGGAGAUAUGGUGAUUGAUGAGGAGAAGCAUGAGAACGACUUUGUGCAGCAGCAGCAGCAGCAGCAGUCAUCGCAACAGCAGGGUGGAUUCUAUUCCUUUGUUCAUAAAGAUAGCACUGCCAAUGAUAGUUCGAGGAAUAAUGAACCUAAACCUUUACUGAGUGCGCAGUACGAACCUUUAUCGGACGAGGAUUAACGGUUGAAGGUAUAUGUGUUUUAGACAUUCUUGAAAGUUUGUUUUGUAUGUGAAUGAUUAAUAUAAGUGAUAUAUUAGUAUAAAUCAGCGUAAUUUACACUUUGAACUGGCCCAGCUAUCUCAAGAACGAUUUCUCAUAUUUUUGUAUUAAUCUUUCGGUUUUUCAAGACUUGUAAUAUUUCUUGUGGGUGUAAAAGUUUCGAUUAAAAUCUAUUUAUCUGUAUAACUAUGGAAUUUGAGAUAUUGGAACCGUCGAGAUGAAUGGGUGGGUCUCUUGUUAGCGUCCAGCAUUCAGUUAUUUUACAAUUAUUGUAACUUGUAGAUAAAUAUAUUUUACUUCACUGAUACUGACAAAAACUAAUUAGACACGACUUAGAAAUGUUGUACAUAUUAUGUGAACAUAAAAAAAUGUAUAUGUAAGUCGAUAUAGAAUUAGUAAGAUGAAAAUAUUGCAUAACAACUAAAUUAUUUGAUUGAUUUUUAUGCAAUUGUGUGUCCAGUUCUUUGCAUUUCCAAUGUUCGCCUUUUUUAUUUUUAUAUACACAUUAGUUCUGUGAGGCAUCAGUGCAAAUCUCUACUUCAAUUUCUGAUCAGUGUAUUUUAAAAGUUGUAUAUUUCUUUCUGUAAUGUGUACAUGUUAUUAUUUUAAUAUUUUUUUGGGAAUGUAAAUAACUAAAGUAAGUAUAAAUAUUUCUAGCAGUAUAAGGGAUCCCAUUGUAAAUAUUUGUGAAUUUUUUAAUUUUUCUGUUUCACAAUGUAAUUUAAGUCUACGCUUUUGGCGUCUAAAACUAGACGAACUGAUAAUUUUUCUACACUAUAAAACAAAUGCUUCCAGAAUAUGUACACUGUCAAUUUUUAAGUUCAUAAUUUUCAGAUGAUGACUUGUUAUUUUGUUGAAAUAAAUGAAUAUCAGUUGG